CUCUCUCUCUCUCUCUCUCUCUCUCUCUCUCUCUCUGUAUGCUGUUAGUUGUAGUGAUUGAAGGCUUGAAGCAAAGACACCAUGGAAAACCUACUUGAAGUAUCACGGUUCAUGCAUUUAAGUUGAUUGAUGUACGUUUUAAUAGGUUUGGACCUGUGAAUUUAGUUUUUAGCAUCAUGACAGAAGAAUUAUGAGUCUAGAAUCUUUCAAGUGCAUACGUCAUGAUUCAUUAUGUAUUACAUAUUCAUGUUCCUUAAUUUUUUGUAUUAUACACGUACCUGCUACGUACCUUAAUAUACACACAAAUUAGUAACAUAUAUAUGUAUUUAUCUAGUUACAUUAGUGCUCCAGCGAGUGGUUAGCGCCUGAAAAAUAAACGACGAUGCUUGACAUCAUAAUGGAUUAAGAUUUAAGAUGGUCUUACUACUUGUUCAAUGGCAAAGACAAAGUGCUGGUUUGGUUGGGUCAAGAAGCUCUUCACUUCUGAAGCAAACUCAAAGACACGAAAGAAAUCGAAGAACUGGAAAUGGAUUUUCGGGAAGCUGGAGGUACUUCCGCAGUACCCUGCACAGCCUGCACUGAUCACAGCAUCAUCAUCAGAGAGAGCAGUACUGCUCAGUGAAGCAACUGAAGAGCAGAAAAGACAUGCUUUCACUGUUGCAAUUGCAACCGCUGCUGCAGCAGAGGCAGCAGUGGCUGCUGCCCGUGCUGCAGCUGAGGUUGUGCGCCUUACUACUACUUCAAAAUCUCGCAACUAUCACACAAAGUUUGACAGGAACUUGGCCGCCAUUAAAAUUCAAAGCGUUUAUCGCGCGCAUCUUGCAAGGAAAGCAUUGCGAGCGUUGAAAGGACUCGUAAGAGUUCAAGCAAUUGUUCGUGGUAGAGCUGUGAGACAACGACAAGCAGCUACCACUUUGAAGCGUUUGCCGUCCAAGAGAAAAGGAAAUGAGGGGCAGGCAGAGGUUUGCCAAAGGAGUAUUCUUACUACACACGAGAUAUGUAGUGAUGGUGAAAACAAACAGCUGAUCAGCAAGACAAAAAGGGAGUGGGAAGAAAAUGAAACACCACUUCAAUGUAGCAGCCAAAGAGGGUGGGAUUUCAGUAUAAUUUCACAGGAAGACAUGGAAUCCGUACGGCUAAGAAAGCAAGAGGCUAUGACCAAAAGAGAUAGGAUGAAGAAAUACUCUUUUUCUCUACGGGAAAGCAGAAAUGUGCAAAUGUUAGAAGAUUCAGCGAGCAUCAAUGAAACUGGAACGCUAAUCCUUCAUUCAAAUCUUAGUGCUAGUACUGGAGCAUUGUUUGGGAGAUCACAAGUUAAACCGCGACAUGUGAGAAAUGAAGAUUCAGUGGAAAGACCGACCCCAAAAGUUCUGGUAUUGCCAAGGAGAUCAUUUUGCAAUGUAGAAGCGGAACAGAACAAUUCUGUUCAUGAUCAACAUUACAUGGCUGUGACAGCAUCUGCCAAGGCAAAGACGCAGUCGCUAAGUACCCCGAAGCACCGCCAAGAAUCCCAGGAUCGACACAACUAUGGGAUUUCUCUUUCUUCUUCUUAUGAUGCUGAGUCUAUUAGCAAGAAUAGUAAGAAUGGAUGGGGUUCUUUGGCAGAUAUGUUGAAGCAACAUCACCAUAAACAACGUUGAUAACAAGGAGGCUGAAUUCAGCUCUAUAUCCGCCGAGAUUUUCAAAGAUGACGAUGCAAUUUAUUGACCCUUCAACACUGUAGUCAGGUUUCCGAUGUGGGACUUUUACAUUCAUCAAGAAAUAUUUCAAGAGAGAGGAAUGUGUCAACGGGCUGUUGGAGAUUGAAGGAAUUUGUAAAAUAUGAGGAUGGUUUUUUGUUUUGUUUUGGAUUUUGUUUUUGUUUGGAGGAUUUUGUGACUAAGAAUUUUGAGGAAGAAAAUAAUGCAAUGAAAGGCAUUGUUUGGGUUGGAGUGCAAAUAA